CAUGCGUACUUCAGUUUAAGUUGUGCUGUGGAGUGAAAUGGCGACCACGAACUCUCUCGACGAUAUUUUGUCAACAGAAAUCGACGAGAAUGCUGUUAAUGCCUUAGUUGGUUCUUUGGAGUCACAGCUAGCUUCCACAACACAUAAGGACACUGCACAUUCUAUUUCUGAUGCUUCUAUGAACAAUAACCAUAUUAGCAAUGCCAGUGCUCCGGUAGCAUGCACUUCUACUGUGUUUAUAAAUAAUUUCCCAACAUCAGCUUCGAAGAAUAUGACAAUUCAAAAUAAUGUAGCAUUAAAUAGUUCAAAUAUAUCUCAUCUUAAAACAUCUGAGUCUCAGUUACUAGGGUUAAAUUCUAUUGUGUCAAACGUGAAUUCCAGUGAGGGAGGUGAUUUAUCUGUAAAUGCAAACAAUAUCAAUAGGAACUCUCCAGUGCCUGUGAACCAUGUAAGAAUUGCUUCUCAUCCACAGACGGUUGCAAAUUCUCGAAAUUCGCCAUCACCAUCAGUAUCAGGACAGCUUAACAAUGUUAGUGUCGCAAGUGUUCGCUCAUCAACACCAAAUCAAGUUGUGAUAAACAAUGGACAAAGUUUACCAAAUGUGAGCAGUAUUGUGAAUUCUGCAAAUAGUGCUAAUUUUAAUGCAACUGAUCAUAAACCUGUCAUACGGUCUACACACAGUAGUCCGCUAAACCAAAAUUCUAGUCAGGAUGUGAAACCUGGACCAACUCAAAUAGUGAAUAUCAAACAUGAACCUGUGGGAUCCCCCCAUAGAGGGGUUUUAAGUGUGAAACAGGAGACAGGUUCUCCAAGCUCAGGAUUUGGUGUUAAGCAGGAGCACCAACUAGCAAUACAACCUGUGCCUGGUGCACCACACAAUGUGCCUCAUCCAAGUGUUCACUUAGUGCAGGGAAAAGGACCAGUGACCGGAAAUCCAAGUGUGAUAACUGUUAGGACACCUGGCCAGACUCACCCAUCUCAAGUUGUUAUGCAACCUCAAAUCAUCACAACUCAUUCGUCGAGUGCUCAGAUGCAUGUUGUGUCUGUGAGUGGUUGUACUGUUGCCACACGUCCGACUGGAACAGUUCAAAUGACUCAAGGCAAAAAUAUCAAUCCCAGAAUGGCAACUAGUGCCGCUUUCAGACCUCAGCAAAUUAGCAUUGCACCCAGACCAGGAACAACGCAAAACACUAUUGCGUUACCACCUGGUGUUCAGAUACCUCCCGGAGCUCAGCUGGUCAGGAACGAGCAGGGACAGUUGGUGUUUGUCAUCCAGCAACCCGCAGCAACCAGUGCAGCAACGGGGCACCGGAUGUUUGUUAGACAGCCUGCCAAUUCGCCAGGUCCUGUUCGCCCUCAUCAGAUUGUGACAAUUCAACCGCCUGGGAUGAACCGGCAAGUAAAUCUCAGCACCGCCGCUACCACAGCCACGCCAGUGUCCACCUUGAUCCGGACCACGGCACCUGUUGGAGCCCCCCACACUACCCCCUCAGGUAGGACCAGCCUGCCAGGAGCACCCCAGCAGCCUCCAGACAAUGUCAAAAAAUGCAAGAAUUUCCUGUCCACUCUUAUGAAACUGGCCCAGAGCCAACCUCAACAGACAGUCAAAAAUGUCCGAGAGCUAAUUCAGGGCCUCAUAGAUGGAAAAGUGGAACCUCAAACAUUUACAGAGAAGUUGCAGAUUGAACUUCGCUCUUCACCUCAACCAUAUCUUGUGCCAUUCCUUAAGAAAAGUCUGCCAGCCCUGCGGCAAGCAUUAAUAGCCAACACCAUGACGAUAGAAGACGUCAAGGCUCCUCCCCUCGAGGUCCUCCAACCCGUGGUAUCCAUAGGCAACCUAGUCCACACUCAACUCCAUCCGUCCACUCAUCACGCAGCUGUCCGAGGCCAACACGUUAUUGGAAUUCCCAAAACUGUGACAGCAGUGACUGGGAAGGCUCCACAUCACACAGGUUUGCCUGCCCAGGGUCGAACCUCCACUCCCCACAAAGAAAAAACCAAAUAUGAUUCUCUCAAGGAUGAUGAUGACAUAAAUGACGUUGCCACUAUGGGUGGUGUGAACCUCUCGGAAGAAAGUAAGAAUAUUUUAGCGAGUAAUGCUGACUUUAUCGGGACACAAAUCCGCUCCUGUAAGGAUGAGGCCUUUCUGUACCAUGGUCCUUUACUGGCUCGAAUAACAGCCAUAGCAAAGAAACAUGGGAUAGAUGACAUCUCGUCAGAUGUGGCUAACCUGGUCUCUCAUGCGACACAAGAACGACUUCGAGAUCUCUUAGAAAAACUUGACACUAUAGCUGAGCACAGAAUAGAAAUUUAUAAGAUGAAUGAGAGGUUUGAGGCUUCUACUGAUGCCAAAUCACAGCUAAAGUUCCUCGAAGAGCUGGAUAAGAUGGAGAAAAAACGCCAUGAUGAUCAAGAAUGGGAAAAAAUAAUGAAGGCAGCAAAGAGUCGGUCGAAAAAUGAAGACCCUGAGCAGCAGAAGAUAAAACAAAAAGCCAAAGAGUUACAACAGGCCGAGAUAGAACGGAUGAGGCAGGAGGAGGCCAACCAAACAGCCCUGGCAGCUAUAGGACCGCGCAAAAAGAGGAAAACAGAUUUUGGAGAGAUCAGUUCUUCUGGAAGUGGAGGGCUAAGCGUCAGUAAUGGAGGAAGCUCAUCUUCCAAAACGACAAGUACGAGACAGAGAAUCAAAAGAGUGACACUAAGAGACGUGCUGUUCUUGAUGGAGCAGGAACGUUCCUUGGGCAAGUCCACCCUCCUCUACAAAACAUUCCUAAAGUGAUGUAUGGCCUGGACAAUGCAGGUGCAGAUAAGACCGAUGUGCCAUCCAGCACUUCUUUUGUGAGAUUUGAAGAGUUUGCCAAGAACCUUUGGCCACAUACGCUCUCCAAGUUUUUCUCCUGAGCUUUGAGUGAACUAAAGUGACAGAGCUUUAGUAUGUUGGCAGGUUUCAGUAUGUUGGCGGAUAUGUUGACAAAACAGACAGCUGCCCCAAAAGUAGCAGACAAUGGCCCAACCCUAUUCUGUGGAAUGUCAAUAGGGCACGAGUUCCUCAGAGUAAGCAAAAAUGUGAAAAGUGCUGAAUUUUAUCAGCUGUAAAAUAAAGACUUUCCUUCCUGGGAAGAAUGUAAACAGUGCUUUUGAGUGUGUUACGGAAAAUGUGUGGUAGGCAGUUCUAGUAUUAGUAUAUUCCAUCUGCUGAGUUUCAUUCAUAUUUAUUCAAAGCUUUCCAUACUUAAAAACCAGCAUGCUAAUACUCAUUCAAUCUUUGCCCAUACAGUGUGAGUGAAAAUAUUUUUUGUUAAUUUUUUUUUAUUCUGAGAUCUGAAAUGAUUAACAAAAUUGUCAGUUUUUUGGGGGUUUUUUUAUUGAAAAGAAAAAUAUUGUCUCUUUAUCAGGUCAACAUUUUGUCCUGUGUUAUCUGAAUAUUUUGCUCAUGGACCAGACGGACCCAGAUUUUUGUUGUUGAUGAUCUUAGAAUAGUAACAUAAAGUCUUUUUUUAAUAUCGUUUUCUGUUGUAAGUCAAAAGGUCAUAUAAUCUAAAUAUGCACAAAGUGUGUUUAAAGGUAAAUGUUUUGCCCAGCAAAGCUCUUCGAUUAUUUUGAUAUAGUACAUGUCUGUAUUAGUUUCGUUGUGAAUUUGAUUUUUGUACAUUCUACCGUAGAUAUCCAAGCAUUUACAUACUGAAUGAUUGAGUAUUGUGAAGAAUGAAUACGGUUAACUGAAAAGUCUAAUUCAGCAAUACCUGAACUUAGAAUGUGGCAGAACUUGAGAAUUACUGGCCCUUAUUAACAUGUGAUAACAAUCAAUAUUACUAGAACAACAACCCACAUAGGAGUACUUAAACAGCUUAAUUUCCCUGAGCUCCCUUAAUGGACUGCUGUCAAGUGCGGUUUCAUUUUAUGAAACCAGUGCAUUCAAUUCUUAUUUAUAUUCAAAUGUUGAUUUCUUAAUUGUAGCUUAUAGAAAUAAAACCAAUAAUUCAUUUUACAUGUUCAUGUAUCUGUAUCACCAAAAAUAAUAAAUCUUUGCCAAAUGACCAUUUUAGAAUUUGAUAAAGAUUAGAUUUUUCCAAACUAUUUCCUUAAAGUGUUGUUCCAAAAUAUACCACAUAUGUUUAUUUUUCAUGAAACUAUUACUUUAUAAAGGAUUAAGUAACAUUAAAUUGCUCUUAUUUGUAGUCCUUCGCAACUCAGUCGCAAGUACAUGUUAAUGUAUAUUGAGUAACAUCUGUUUUGUGAAGGAGUUACGAUCGGUGCAUCUGCAGGCAGUUUUGUGUAAACAAAGUGAAACAUACCUUCGAGUACAUGUAUCUAGACAUCUAGUAAUCUACAUUCAAAAAUGUUUCAAAACACACAUCAUUAUUACUCCAGCAUGUCAAAAAUGCAUCCAGUAGACAUGUACUUUACAGAAAAUGCAUCCAAUAUGAUUUACAGAAAAUGAAGCAAUGAUUUAGAAUUUUGAUAAUAUUUUUCCUUAUUGAACUCUUUUCCCACUUCAUUUAUGCAGUAACUAAAUAGGGAGUAACUAUAAAGGGCGAAAUUACGAAAAAUAUUCAAAUCCUGAAACAGUUCUAGUUCAGAAACCACAUGAAAAUUCCUCUAUUGCCGUAAUAUUCUGUUGAUUUUAAGAAAAUUCAAACCAUUAAUGCUAUAUUGUUAAUUCAUCAAAUAAAAGGUCCUGUAAAUAGAUUUUCAAAGCACAAUUUUUGGCUAAGAUGUACAUAUCCUGUUUCUACGGAGAUAGGGGAACGUCAGAGGCAGCUUUAAGGGUUUAAUGUUGUUUUGUAUAUUAAUAUAUAAUAUAUAUGUAUGAUUGUAAGCAUUUCUGCAGAGCUCUGAUCUCUGCAAUGCUCUGUCUAGGGAUGUUUAUAAACUGCUAGAUUUCUGUACAUUAUAUCACUUAAAAGUGUGGAUCAAAUGUGUGUGUGAGGGUGUGCAGGUAUGUGUAUUACAAUAUUACUCUCACUGUGUGUAUUCACAGAUGUGUAUUGUAUUUCACCAUUAAUAGAUAUCAUCAAAUGUAAUAUAACUUAUUGAAAAACAAUGAUGUGUAGAGAUACUUCAUGUUGUGCAGCCUGUGUUUUGUACAGAUACAUUUAUAUUUUAUACAGCGUUACCUAUUUUGAAACUAAUUUUAUUUGUAAAUAUCAAUCACAUGACUGUCAUGUGACGAGGUGACUACUACACUCUCCAACUGACUACACUGAACAGAUGGGAAUUUAUUUAUCAACUUUUGAACUUAUAUCCAGUGAUAUGGGAGUUGUCAUUCGUUUUACAAGUAUUGAUUAGGAAAAUUAUGUGAAAAUUUAGUUUUCCAACUGAUUGGAUAUCUGAAAGAACUAAUAAAACUGAAAUGCUAAA